AUGGAUGAAACUCAGCGACAUACGGAACUAAACACAAUUUACAAUGAAUAUAAAUCUUUAUUCCCACAAGCACGACUAGUUAAAGAUGCAAUUGAAUAUUUGAAAAUACAGACCGUCGAAGGUGAAACUAUCAAAAUCACCGUCAAUCUUGGUGGAUGGUACCAAUUUCGAGUCCUUGAUGAUAAUGGUGAUGGAAAAGUUUCACAACAUUUUGAAACCUUCGAAGCAUUAAUGCAAUCAAUAAGUCCAACAUUUUGCAAUCAGUUUGGUAAUGAACUUAUUAGAAAACUCGAGAUACUACAAAAGAGUCAAAGUGAUAUAAGUGAUUAG